GUAGAAUUACAAGUUUGCGUUUUCAACAGCCUCCAGCUCCUGAUGAAAGUCGCGUGAAUGCACAUGAAACAACGUAUAGUACAUCGAGAACGACCCGUCCAUCGGCCACAGCUUCUUCUGGGCGUUCUAUUCAGGCUUCAGAAAAUCCAUGUCAGACAGCGUCCUCUUGGGUCCGUGUCCUAAGGGAAAACGGGCACCAAGAGGCUAGCCAAGACGGAUUUCCUCGUCUAGCUCUAAUUCUACUUUCACCUCACGUGCUGCCGCAUCC